AUGACGGUAGCGUCAGAAACAACCGCGCCAGAAUCUCAAGCAGGCCAGCAAGAACAAUCGUCCUCUGCGCAUGGCCUAAGCGAACAAUCCAACCUCGAAGCGGGGCAACCACAUGCUGUCCGCUUCGCAUCGGUCAACCAAGAAAUCGAGCCGGAUCGGUCUCUCCAGGUCCCAACUUCGGAGGAGACAGAGAGACAGCAUACCCCAAUCCCUACCAAUGGGGAUGCUAAUGCCAAAGACGACAUCCGUUCCUUAGCCCUCAAUCUACAAGAUACUCGCCUGCAAGAGUCGCGGCUACGUCAUUUCGCUUUCGAGCCUGUCUCUUUGCCUGCAUCGAGAGUCAAUUCUCGAGACACCUCUAGUUUCGGUGCUUCUCAUGAUAACACUGUCUCUGGCAACAAUUCGCCGCGUAUAACCCCCGCACAAUCACUCAUGCAGUCGCCUCCUUUGACGCCUGCUGCCACGCACUCGCGCGAAAGCAGAUCUAGUGACAACAACGUUCCCACCGCAGUUCAGACAAACAGUCACACCAAGAAAAAUGAAGCAUCCGCAAUCACUCCCCCGUCGUCAGAACCCGUCUCGAGCUCGAAUUCGGGCAAUCCACCUGUAUCGUCUACUGGUCCAACAAGUGCACCGUCAUCGCGUCCAAAUUCUUCCGAGGCACCUGUCGACCGAAACGCCCACCCUGGAGCUUCUACACGCGAGAAAGGAAGGGCGCAAUUCUUCCUUGCUACUUCUGGAGAAGGGAGUCCCCAAGAUGAAAGUCCACCGAUGACACCGAGACACGAGUACGGCUGGUCUACACCACCAGGUGGGGCUUCUGGAACAAUGACGCCCAUCGGUGAACCGAAUGACCCAUAUGCCCGGAACAAGCGACCUCUCCCGAACAGAAAUCUUUCACAGUUGGACCAAAGGUUCAUUUUCAAUGGACUUGACUCGAAGCGCCGGUCUCAUCAUUCUACAAAUUCGUAUAGCACCACUGGUGGACAAAGCUCCGGUAGCAACAAUGACUUGAAGUCGGCAGGUGAAAAGCGGUCUUCUUUCUUUGGCGGAAACAAAAAAGAUCAUGGUCACCGCCAACAAGAUAGUCUGGACGGUAAAAGUCAUGGAUCAAUGGUUGAACUGAAGAGGUUUUUCCGCAUGGGACAUAAAAGUAAACAUGGAGAGUCGCCAUCCGGUGCCUCCAAGAAAUCCAACAAGUCUUCUUCUAGUGAGAAGGGCAAUAGUCAUCAGAUGGCACCGACGAGUGUUCCUUUCGCUGAUGAUCACGGCCUUCAGUCCAAGUAUGGGAAACUGGGUCGGGUGCUCGGGUCGGGUGCUGGGGGCUCUGUACGGUUAUUGAAGCGAAGCAGUGAUGGUGUCACCUUCGCUGUAAAGCAAUUUCGAGAUCGCCAUACAUGGGAGACAGAGAAGGAAUAUUCCAAGAAAGUUACUGCCGAGUUCUGUAUCGGGUCAACGUUGCAUCACGGAAAUAUUAUCGAAACACUCGAUAUCAUCCAAGAAGGAGGUCAUUGGUACGAAGUUAUGGAAUACGCUCCAUAUGACCUGUUUGCAAUUGUCAUGACGGGCAAGAUGAGCAAGGAGGAAAUCGCAUGUUCUUUCAAGCAGAUCGUGAGCGGUGUAUCCUAUUUGCAUGCAAUGGGUCUGGCUCACCGAGAUUUGAAAUUGGACAAUGUCGUUGUCAACGAGCACGGUAUUAUGAAGCUGAUUGAUUUUGGAAGCGCCGUUGUUUUCCGGUAUCCAUUCGAAAAUGAUAUCGUGCUAGCUUCAGGCAUCGUUGGUUCCGAUCCAUACCUUGCACCCGAGGUAUAUGACGAGAAAAAGUACGAUCCUAGACCCACGGACAUUUGGUCUCUAGCUAUUAUUUUCUGUUGCAUGACUCUUCGACGCUUUCCUUGGAAGCAACCCCGAGUGACAGACAACUCUUACAAGUUGUUUGUUUCUCCACCAACCCCUGGCACGCCUGUUCCUGAUUCACACCCACGACGUACCGAGCGUCCCAAAUCAACUGCGGAUCUCCCAUCUGCGGCAAUUGAGGCUGACACUGUUACUUAUCACUCUGAUCAUCACCGACAUCACCACCGUCAUGAGAGCCAACAUACCCAAUUUGUGAAAUCAGAACCCGUAACACGCGAUGAACCUCCGCCACCUGGCUCAUCUAAGACAAGCCCAGGUCAGACGCCGCAAUCUCAAUCUCAGGCACCACAAGUGGCCUCCACACAAGCUCCUCCUCAUGCGCAGGCUACGAGUGAUGUAGUCGAGAAACCAAAAUCUCGCGAGACGACCAGCAAAGAGGCACCACCGUUGCCGGCGGGCUCAAGCACUGGACAGCGCCAAGAAGUCAUCAAAGGACCGUGGCGAUUGCUGCGAAUCCUACCUCGGGAAUCUCGUUAUAUCAUUGGUCGCAUGCUAAAAGUGAAUCCCAGAGAACGAGCCACACUCGAAGAAGUCCUGACAGACGACUGGAUCCAGCUUAUUCAAACUUGUCGACAGGAUGACCUCGGCGCUGUUGUAAAGGCGAGAAACCAUAUGCAUGUAUUAGAGCCACCGUCAUCCAGUGUCGCAGUGGCCAGCAAGGGCAAGUAG